CGCGCCGACGGGGACUUUUCGGUGGGGAUUUUGGGCGCCGACCAGACGCGGCAUUUUCGGAAAAUAGCGCCCUGUGCAGCGAAGCGCUCUGUGUGUGGCGGGGCCGCGUCAGCCCUGCCGGCUCCGAGGCGCCGCGGUCCCCGCACCUCCUCCCGCUGCUCCCCCGCCGCCGCUCCCGAAGCUUUUCCAGAUGUCCCUGGUAGAUUUGGGGAAGAAGCUGUUAGAAGCGGCACGAGCAGGUCAAGAUGAUGAAGUUCGUAUUUUGAUGGCAAAUGGAGCUCCUUUUACUACAGACUGGUUGGGAACUUCUCCACUUCAUCUGGCCGCACAGUAUGGGCAUUACUCUACCACAGAGGUACUUCUCCGAGCCGGUGUAAGUAGGGAUGCCAGGACCAAAGUGGACCGGACCCCGUUGCACAUGGCAGCCUCCGAGGGCCACGCCAGCAUAGUGGAGGUUUUGCUAAAGCAUGGUGCUGACGUCAAUGCAAAGGAUAUGUUAAAGAUGACAGCUCUGCAUUGGGCAACAGAACAUAAUCAUCAAGAGGUGGUGGAACUUUUAAUCAAAUAUGGUGCUGAUGUACACACGCAGAGUAAAUUUUGUAAAACUGCAUUUGAUAUUUCAAUAGACAAUGGAAAUGAAGAUUUAGCAGAGAUAUUACAGAUUGCUAUGCAGAACCAAAUCAACACCAACCCGGAGAGCCCUGACACUGUGACAAUACACACUGCCACCCCACAGUUCAUCAUCGGACCUGGAGGGGUGGUGAACCUAACAGGUCUGGUAUCUUCAGAAAGUUCAUCCAAGGCAACAGAUGAAACAGGAGUGUCUGCUGUUCAGUUUGGGAACUCCUCUACGUCAGUAUUAGCUACAUUAGCUGCCUUAGCGGAGGCGUCUGCCCCAUUGUCCAAUUCUUCAGAAACUCCAGUAGUGGCCACAGAGGAAGUGGUUACCGCAGAAUCUGUCGAUGGUGCAAUUCAGCAAGUAGUUAGCUCAGGGGGUCAGCAAGUCAUCACGAUAGUUACAGAUGGAAUCCAACUGGGAAACUUGCACUCCAUUCCAACCAGUGGGAUGGGUCAGCCCAUCAUUGUGACCAUGCCUGAUGGACAGCAAGUAUUAACAGUACCAGCAACAGACAUUGCUGAAGAAACUGUCAUCAGUGAGGAGCCGCCAGUUAAGAGACAGUGUCUGGAAAUAAUUGAGAACCGGGUGGAAUCUGCAGAAAUUGAAGAGAGAGAAGCACUUCAGAAACAGCUGGACGAGGCGAACCGGGAGGCGCAGAAGUACCGGCAGCAGCUGCUCAAGAAGGAGCAGGAGGCGGAGGCCUACAGGCAGAAGCUGGAGGCCAUGACGCGCCUCCAGACCAGCAAAGAGGCUGUCUAGCCGCCUGACAUGAACAUGAGUUUGAUUUUACCUUUUGUCCAGAAAGAAUGCAGUCUUGAACUGCACACAGUAAAGACACAGCCACGGGAGUACUGAAUAAUAGAAAAUACUGCAGAUUGAUAAUGGGACUUAAGCCAUGAGCUCUGAAUUCUUGUAAUAUAAAACUUUAGAACUUGUGAAAUGUAUUUAAAACUGAAUUCUGUAAAUAGUUUUUUGGUUGUUUCUUUUUUUACAGUUACAAAUGAGUUGAUAAAGAUUGUUGAGGAGAUCCAAAAACCAUAGUAAGGCACUGUUACAGGCAAUUCUUGAUUUGGGUACAGACUUCAUAUCUCAGAGACAGGAGUUCAAAGGUGGUUGUUGUCGGUUAGACCAAAUGUGUAUUAAUUAUGGUGGACUGACGCUGGAAAUAACUCUGCAAAGAGAUUUCUCCCAGGAACUUUUGUACAGCUUUUAAGUUGUCUCAGGUUCACUGAAAACAUUUUUUUAGGAAGCAGAAAUUUUAUAUUUGUUCAAUUUCAGCUACACGCAAGUAGAUUUACAUGUAUAUGAAGCAAAUAUUUUUAAAAUUUUGUUUGUACAUAUUCUGCAUGUUCUAUGAUUUUAAGAUGCAUCCCUUGCUUAGAUAUGUUUCCCACAAAGACGAUGAAAGUUACCAGGAAAUACAUAAGGCACCGCUGUCGCUCUGUCAGCCACGGAAAGGAAGUAAGCAGCUGGGUUAACUGGCAACCAUGACAGUGUUCUUGGAAGGAGCAGCUUGCAAGAGAACGCGAAUCUGCAAAAUCUAUGCUUUUUUUGAAAAUUCCAUUAUGGGGACGUGAGACUGUAUUCUGUGCCUUCCAUCAUGAUUUCCACGUGAGCACUUUGAGGCGCUGGAUUUUAAGAUAAUGUUUUUGGCAAACUCAGUGCAUUUGGGUUUCUGAAAUAUUUCAUGGACUUACUCCCCCCCCCCCCCGCCCAAGAAAUUAUUCUUAUGGAAAAUUGCUUUUGUAUGUAGAACAGGAACCUUUUGUACUCGGUGAUGCUAUAGAUACGUCUAAUGUAACGUCCGCUAUUCCCUGUGAAGCUCCAGGCCUGCGUUGCAGCUCAGUCUCGUCACAACAAGGCCCACUCCACAGUGUGUGGACAUUUGGCAGGCUCUUUCAUUCUGUUUUGUAAAAUGUAACUUCAAGCUCUUUAUUUUCUUUUUUGUUUUUGUUUUAUUGCUUUAUGAUAACGUUUAACCCCACAACUACUCUAGAUGAUCUGUAUAAAGAACCAAUUACCUUCAAGACUGUACUGGCCUCCUUUUCUAUUUUACAAUUAAAUAUCUUUCCACAUA